UCAUUGUUUGAAUCAUUAUCUAUAGGGGUAUUGAAUUGUUUCUGGGGAUUCCAUUAUUUUAGAUUCCCAAAGUUGUAGAGUUAUGAUGGUAUGAAUCUAAUGAUAUGCCUGAACCAAGUUUGCGCAGUGUCUGCUAAUUACAAAUGAUCAAUAGAAAAUCUUUCUUAUGAGAUAAUCCAAUGAUCUAAUAUAUGAACUGAACAUAUAUGAACUAGAAUGUAUAUCAAGCGUUCAGUUGCUCUAAGAAAUCUGCAAGGUGCUUGCAUGUAUUUGAUCAAAUUUGGAGUUGAUUCCAAUGAUGCAUUUUACCACAAAGAAAUUCCAAAAUGAUGGUUCUAUGACUGGUGGUGCAUUUGAUUUUGAAAGAGCAACGACAUCACUUUCCAAUCAGUCAUUGUCGUCGUCUAAGAAGGUAACUCUUGCGAGGCACGGCCUUAGCUCUUGGAAUGAAGAGAGUAAAGUUCAGGGAAGCUCAAACUUAUCAAUCCUAACAGAAACUGGAGUGAGGCAAGCAGAGAGGUAUAGAAAAGCCUGGGCAAAUAUAUACUUUGAUGAAUGCUUUUCAAGUCCAAUAUCUCGUGCUAAGUCCACUGCUGAAGUUAUAUGGCAAGGGAGGGAAGAACCACUUGUUUUCCUUGAUUCGCUGAAGGAAGCCCAUCUAUUUUUUCUUGAAGGCAUGAAAAAUGUGGAUGCUAAGGAGAGAUAUCCAAAGGAGUAUACCACAUGGAGAGAAGAUCCUGCUAAUUUCUAUGUGAAUGGUGUCUACCCUAUACGAAAACUAUGGGCAAUGGCAAGAGAGGCUUGGAGGGAAAUGUUACUCUCACCGGAUGGACUUGAAAGCAUUCUUGAUUCUCAUGCUAUGGUCAAACAAAUGACAAGCAAGCCGGGCAUGGCAUCAAGAUCAAGAUGGCGAUGUCAUGAGGAAAGGGAAAAGGAGGAUGGUGAUUCGAACUAGUGACAUCUACUUUAUGAAGUGUGAUCCUCAGCCGAUUGAGUUACUCCUUGGAGACGAGGAAAUUCUGGUUAGAUUGUUUUGUAUUGAGAAUUUUUAAAAUUAGGGUUCUAAGAUGAUGAAUUAAUUAAUUAUAGAAUUAAUCAAAGAGAAAUGGGUAAAGCAACUUCAAGAAGUGAUAGUGGUUAGCGUAGUCUUUAUUCCUUAACCACAACAAAUAUUCCUAUUGGUUUCCUGUUGCUUUCUUCUUUAAAUAUUUUUCUUCAUUAUUUUAUCUAUAUGCCCUCAUUAAAGUCAUCUACCUCAGGCCACAUCAAGCUAGCGAAUCAACCAUCAACAAGUGGUCAUGUUAUCUUUAAUUAAAUGCCUUUCCGGGAGAAACACAUCUUGUUUGAUUGGACCGUCUUUUCUAGACAACAUAUCUUAAAAUUAAAUGAAAAUUUGAUAUUAGAACAUUUUUAUACAAGUGUCAUAGUUGUCGGUUCAUGGGGCUUUAUAAAAAAUGGCUAUUAGUUCACGAGCCAAAAUAUAUUUGUCCAUUUUUAUAUAUAUAUAUAAAAAAAAUGUUUGUCUAUUGCAAGUCC